AUGCAUCAGCAAUUUCUGCUCUACCGGCAUUGCAGAUACUUUCCAAUCCUCAUGAAUCACCCAGAGAAGUGUGCCGGAGAUGUGGACUUGUUGUUGGUCAUCAAAUCUGUGGUAACACAAUAUGAUCGCAGAGAGGUGAUAAGACAAACUUGGUGCAAAGAACUGACUAUCAAUGGGAAAAAUAUCAAGAGCCUUUUUCUUCUUGGGACAUCUUCCAUUGAAGAAGAGAGAGCCACCCAUCAAAAACUUCUGGGGCCUCAUGCAUCAACGCACAAAAACGUUGCGUACGCCAGCUUUCACGCUCACGUGGACAUGUGCUGCAUCCCUGAGCCACCUGUUGGUGGAGGUGGUUUCCUGAUGGGAAGUUCUACACAGCAUGUGAAACUGAAAAUUCCCAUUGAUGAUGUGUUUCUUGGGAUGAGUCUAAAAGUUCUUCAGGUAAGCCCAAUUAAACACGAUGCAUUCAAAACCUUUGGGAUUGUAAGGAAUGAAGCCAGUAAGAUGAAUAGGGAGCCGUGCUUUUUUAGGGACAUGUUAGUGUUGCACAAACCCUCCGGUGCUUUAAAGGGAUAG